AUUAGAGUCUAAUCUCAGCUGUCAAGUUGUUAAACUAAAUUGUUAAAGUCUAAUGAUCAAGUGACAAGCAUCGACUUUUCAUUUUAGUUGAUUGUCCAAGAAUCUCAAAUGGAUGACACACAUUUCUUGCUUGUCAAAUUAAUCGAAAGUCAAAACUGUUUCGUCAAAAUUAACAGGAAACUAUUAUUCAAUCAACCGUUAUGCAUCAUAAAAGUCACAAUUGGUGGUCAAGUUAAUAGACUGAACUAUUUUACUGCGAUUGGCCAUGACGACAAAAGCUCUGAGGUUAUUCAUUUCCCUCAAGCCUUAGGAAAUCAAUUGGGUUUGAUCAACGGUUCAUUGGUAUCAGUGAAAUUCAUCAAAGAAAAAGCCCCCGAAUGUCAUCGUUGCAAUUUAACUCUAAUCGAACCGAAAGGAAUUGGCAUUGACAGCUAUCGAGAUGAAAUGACGAACAAUAUUUUAGACCAAAUUCGUGUUAUUUAUCCUGAUCUAGUUUUUCCUUUUUGGACUUCAUCCAAUGAUGUUUUCUUUUUCAAGGUUACCCAAAUCAACCCAAGUGUCGGGUUUUCGGUGCUAGUAAAGGAUUCUCUCGUUGAGAUUGGCCAUGAUAUCAAUGAGUCUUCAAAAGUGUCGUCAGUUGCGUAUAAAUUUAUGGGCCUAAUUCCUUUCUUCAAUGCACCAAAACACGAAGCGGAAGAUGCUGUCGAUUCGGUAAUAGUUAACUCGAUCCAAUGUAAAAAUAUUGACGAUUCUGUUUUGAAAACAAUCCUCAAUGUUUCAUCUGCUCCUUGCAACUUGGAGGUCAACUCAACUCUCAACACUAUUUGGGUAAAUUCAAGUCAAUUCAACUUAUCAAAAGAUGAAUAUGGAGUUUUAAUUGUGAACAAACUUCUACCUCCAUGCGAAAAAGCCAAAAGAAAUGAACUGAAGAAAAACACCGACAUUUGUAAAAGAAUUGACACCAUCGAUUCAUCUGAAGAGGAUCUAUUUUUAGGUACUUACACUUUGGUCAGAGGUCAUUCCGAAUGUCCCAUGUCCUGUGCCUUUGUGAGUGAUAACUUGAAACAAUUGGACUUAUCUUUCAAUUGUAAAAUUUUCUUCCGUCACAAAUCGAGACAUUUUGUAAAUUCGGACAAUUCAUGUUUAACAAUCCCUACGAAGGAAACAUUUUACGUUUGUCCAAUUAGCGUGCAAACAACUUCAUCUACUGAAUUGAUACGCAACAGUUUGAAGUCUUAUGUCUCAAAACAUAAGAUUUUGAUUCUUUGUCGAGGAUCGUGUAUCGAUAUUGGUGGACAGAAUUUCAUUGUUGCCUGUGACCCAGAAGAUUCCUGUUCACCGAUCAAUGAAAAACUUUUAGAAAAAAUCGAUAUUCGCGUGAAAAGUACCAGUUUCAGCAGAAUAUCAACGAGUUGGGGUAAACGGGUGCCGUUGAUGAAACUACCUGAACUCAACGAUAAGGAAAUGCAAAGUGACCAACUUACCGUUUAUCUUCCUUAUCCUUUCAUACCCUGGAUGGAAAAAGAAUUAGCCUCAGCUGUUGAAUUUUUAGAUCGUAUUUUGAUUCCCGAUGGCUCGAUUAAAGAGAACACUUCGUUCGCUAGAAACGUUUUAUUGGUCCACGGACCAAAAGGAAGCGGCAAAACUUGUUUUCUAAAACAUGUAAUGGAACUCACUUCGAAAAAAUAUCCCUGUGUUUUCAUCAAGACAAUUCAAUGUGGUUCAUGGAAAACAAUCUCAUCACUGAAGAAACAAUGGAUUACUCAAAUCGCUGAAUGUAUUUAUUCUCAACCCUCGGUCCUCAUAUUCGAAGGGCUUGAUCUAGUCGCACCUCAUAUUUCGAGGGUGGAAGAGGUUCCAGGAGUUGAUACCAUUGCGUCUAUUCGAGCCUCGUGUAUAUUUUCUUCUAUUAUCAAAUCAUUUGACGAGCUCAAUAUAAGGUUUGGCCAGAGAAUCGCAAUCGUUGCAACGUGUACAUCCCAAUCGUCUCUAAAUCAGAUUCUCUUACCAAUCAGAGGAAGGAGCAUUUUCUCAGAAUCAAUUUCAUUGGAGAAUCCUAAUUCGGACAGAAAACGAAUUAUCCAAAGCUUUCUAAAUCAUCAUGUCAAUCUAAUUAGCAGUUAUUCUUGGCUCGAUCAAAUUUCUUACCGUUGUGAAGGAUAUUUAAUUGCUGAUUUAUUAAAUUUAGUGGAUUCAGCGAUUCACAAUAAAGUCACUCUAAAUCAGUCUGAUGAGAUUGGACUGGAAAAUUUCGAGCAUGCAUUGCAACUCUUUCGUCCAACAAUGAUGACCGAUAUAAGAAUUGAAAAAAGCACUGGAAUAUCAUUCAGGGAUAUCGGUGGGUUAACGAAGGUCAAAAAUUUAUUACGAAAUACUCUUCUUCUGCCUCUUAAAUAUCCAACAUUAUUCAGUAAAUGUCCAAUUCGUCCACCACGAAACAUACUUCUUUACGGAGCUCCAGGAACGGGGAAGAGUUUGAUUGCCGAGGCGCUAGCCAGUGAAAGUAGAGUUAAUUUGAUAAAAAUUCGUGGACCUGAAUUGCUGUCAAAAUACAUUGGAAGAAGAGAAUCCAUCAGAGAAUUAUUUGAACGAGCAGCAAUUGCGAAACCAUGUAUCAUUUUCUUUGACGAAUUCGAGUCUUUGGCUCCGCGUCGAGGACAAGAUUCAACUGGUGUUACAGAUCGAGUUGUAAAUCAAUUAUUAGCACAAAUGGAUGGAGUUGAAGUGAUUGAACAAGGUGUUUAUGCUAUUGCCGCGACUUCAAGACCCGACCUUCUUGACCCAGCGCUCUUACGUCCUGGUAGAUUCGAUAAAUAUAUUUGCUGUGAUUUCCCUUCAACUGCUGAUCGUUUGGAUAUUUGGAAAGUUCUAGGAAAAGAUCUAAGCUUUCAUGAGAGCUUCAAUCAUGAGAUUAUCGGCGAAUUGACUGAGAACUUCACUGGCGCUGAUAUAAGAGCCUUACUUAUAAACUCACAGUACGAAGCAAUCGAAGAGCAUGAAACAAAAUGUAUUCCAAAUCUACCCAAUGGAGUAAUGAAGAUAACAAUCAAUGAAGAUCAUGUUUUAUCUGCAACAACUAAAACAAAGCCUUGCAUUGACUCUGGAAAACGAGCCGAAUAUCGUUACAUUUACAACAAAUUUGCUGGAAUCGAAACAGUUUCUCUGCCUAUGCACCAAAGAGCAACUUUAGCCUGAUGUUGAAUCCAAUUUGCAACUUGACGACAUUUGCUCUAAAUUAUCAAUCAAUUUUUCAAGACUCUGUCCUAUUUCUGCAGCCGAAUAAUCAAUUGAUUUACCGUGAUUCAAAUGAUGGUUAAUAACAAAGUUCGUUUAAUAAUUGUAUCGAAAGGUUAAUAAAAAAUUUGAACAAUUUACAGUCAAUUGAAGAUGGUUAAAAGUGAAAGUUAAUAAAGGUAAUUAGUGUAAAAAAUUUAA